CUGCCUUUCCUCUCACUUUUGCCGCCACCUUUGGCUUAAUCUAUUGCUCCUUGUCUCGUUUCCCUGACCCUGCAUUGCAAAGCUCCAACGCUGGUUUCCCCGAUGGUGCUUAUCGGCGGAUGCAGAUGCUUUGCACUGACUGAACUGUACUUGAGCUACUGAGGCAGCAGCAGAGCAGCUAAGCUAGCUCACUCCACACUUGAUAAGCUGCUUUUUUCUCUCUGUCUCCAAGUGGUGUGGCUGUGCAAGGUUGUGCCGGCGGCAUGGGUAUUGGGCCAGUUCAUCAUUGCUUGGCCUCUCUUCUUGUCCUGCUUCCUCUCCUCUGCUGCCACGCGGUGAGAGGCGUCGAGCAGAGAGCGCACACCGGCGCCGCGUCGCGCCCCCAGGCCGCCACGGUGAGGCUGGAGCGCGCGCGUGACAUGCCGGAGCUGGACGUGACGACGCCGCUGGCGACGGUCCCGCUGGCGAACCCGACGCCGAUGCCGGAGGCGACCGCCGCGCCGACGCUGGCGCACCCAACGGCCGCGGCUGGCGCGGGGAGCUGGUGCGUGGCGAGCCCGAGCGCGGGCGCGGCGGCGCUGCAGGUGGCGCUGGACUACGCGUGCGGGCAGGGCGCGGACUGCUCGCCAAUCCAGCCCGGCGGGAGCUGCGCCGACCCGGACACCGUCCGCGACCACGCCUCCUACGCCUUCAACUCCUACUACCAGAAGAACCCCGUCCAGACCAGCUGCGACUUCGCCGGCGCCGCCAUCCUCACCAGCACCGAUCCCAGCACCACCUCUUGCAAGUACCCAUCCACUAGCACCGGUGCUUCCGUCCUGAACACGACGUCUCCGGUGACCCCGGUGAACCCGACGUACGGAUCCCCUCCCGGCGGCUCCUACAACUCUCCUCCUGGUCCUGGCGGCUACUACAACUCCCCUCCUAUCUACGGGUCCAUGUCGCCUCCGGACUACGGCGGCAGCAUCAGCGCCGCCACGGCGGUGAUGCCCGGCAGCAAGAGCACGACGGCCGCCACGUCGCUGACGUGCCUCCUCGUCGUCGCAACGGUGUCUCUCAACCUGUGCAAGUAAGAAGCGAAGUACGCAGGCUUGUAAUUCGCGCGCAAAUGCACUUGGAGGCUGAAGUGGGCCGAAGAGGAUUCAGAUGAACAGGCACCAAAUGCAUCUAGAAAACAGAGGAGGCGCCAUGACAGAAGCAGAGUAGCAAUGGGCACCGGGCAGGCUGGCCCCUAGUCAGUCAGUGUUGCAAAUGUUUGUAGUUGCAGUCAGUGUCAGCGAGUUUUGGCGUGUGCUUGAGGUGGGAUGUUUGUACUUGCAUGCCAUAUUUCUCCGUUGUGGUCUGGAGGAGAAAAUAUAAUACCAUCUUGUACAAGGGCAUCUUCAUGCUGACCUCAAAAUGCAGAAACCGGUCAUCCAAUGCUCCCCACAUACAU